ACGGUCUAUAUCCAGGUCAAUAUAAGUCUAAUGAAAAUGACCGUGAAUCAUUCAAAACUUAUUAUAUGUGCCCGUAUCUUUCACUCACGAGAACUGUGCACGCGCCACAACAAAAAAAAAUCUUUCUUACCUUUACUUGUCCUAUUACAGCAAGAAACUUCACUUAAGUUAACAGCGAACUUCAAGUCUCCAGUAAUAAACCAAUCAAGCCAAGAUGAUGAAAAUGCAAAUAGCCAACGAGCAGGAUCGGAAGGAGGCGCAGAACAGAGAGAGACGGCGGCAGUGUGAGCUAGAGAGAAGAGAUAGGAUUUUUAAUGCUAGGAACAGGAAGAUUGGGGUGGACCUUCCGUUCCUCGAGAGGCAGGUGGCAGAGAAGCGAGCUGAGCGUGAUGAACAACAACGACGUGACCUAGCUUUUGCUGCUCAGAUGAUCAAGGAUAGCAACCUGGCUGCGGUGCUGGCGGAGAGAGAACAGGAGGAGCGACGUCGCAUCGGUUCUGAGAUUGAUUCCUACCGCCAACUGUACCAGCGGCCGCAGGACCGACGCGAAUUCGACCUCAACGACCCUGAUGUGCUCAAGAAGCAGCUACCGCCACGUGCUAGUGACAUCAUUGGCAUGUCCAGUGCUCAGAAAUUCGAAGGCGAAGACCUGGAAUUCGAAGAGCGUAAGAAGAUCAUGGCCGUUCAGAAGAACUCCUGGCUGGAGCAGCAGGUCCAGGAACGGAAGGCAGCUGAAGAGGAACGCAAGGCUGCCGAGGCUGCCUACAUGAUGGCAAUAAAGGCGCGCGACGCUCGAGCCAGCGAGUUAGACAGAAUGGAGCGCGAGUGCCGCUACCGACUAGGGCAGGCCAACCUGAGAUACAACGAGGCUUUGGCUGCGGAACGCAAACAGCUAGAGCAAGUCAUGAAAGAGCAAGAAGACGCGGACAACACGGCGGAGAUGUACAACAACCUGACCUCUGACAUGCUCACAGAGAACCCAGAUGUCGCUAAGAGCGCUCUUGGCAAGAACAGAGCCAUCGGUUUCAUGUACAAGGGCAUGAACCAGGAGGAGUUGAAGAAAUUUUACGCCGCGCAAAAAGAACAGAUGGCCGCUGCAAAGGCUAAGCGCGACGCGGAAGACAAGAUGGAAGCUGAGUGGCAGGCGCUCGCCAAGUCCAUUCAGAGCGAAGUGGCGCGGCAGGAUAUCGCGGACAAGAGGAAACGCAAGGAAAUGGCCCGUCAACUAAUGGAGGAGAACCAACUAAUGGCCAUGGCACAGAAAGAGAAGGAGAAAUACUUCCGCGAGGUGGUCUACAACAACACGCCCACCGAUCUCUACUACUCGCAGUUCAAUACUACCACUAGAUAAAAUGUCGACUGCGUUUUGAUAGUGCACGUUCGCAAGUUUUGACUUACUGUGACACGAACGUUUUGUUUUUUUAAAGUACGCUUUCCAUUGAACGAACGGUGUCGAACCGCUUGUAAGCCCGGCUCCUCGCGAAUGCGGACGGCUUAGAACGGUUUAUCGCUUCUGAAAUAAUGUAUAGACAUAUUAGACAUAUUGAAAAUACGUUCCUAUGCGGCCCGACUCCAUCCGGUCAGUAGGAAUCACACAUAAAUGCUACUUUCAUUUUCUGUAUUACGUCUUUGAUGUAAUAUGCAAUUUUAUUUCCCGAAAAAAACAUGAGAAUUGAAAUGGGAUUUCUGUACAAAUUGCAGUUAUUAAUAUGAUAAGGUAAUGUUUAUUUUGCUAGCAUAUAUUUUAUUUCACAUUGUUAAUUAGUUAUUUAAAUGUUACAUUUGGUUUAUAAAUAAAUACUCAA